GCCCCGAGCAUGGCGGAGCGCUGGUUCCGCUCGGCGUCGGGGGCGCCCAUCGCGCUGCGGCGCCGCCAGCACAGCGCCUGCUGCCGGGAGCUGUCGGUGCGCUGCCCGCGCCUGCAGCUGCGCUCGCUCAGCGCCGUCACCUCCGCCGUGUGGCUGGCAGCCUACGGGCUCUUCGCGCUCAGCGAGAACAGUAUGGUACUUUCUGCUGCCAUCUUCAUCACACUGAUUGGCCUGAUCAUAUAUCUGCACUUUGUGAAGAUCGAUCAAGAAUCCCUCCUGGUCAUUGGCUCUCUUGGCAUUCAGGUGACAUCGUCCUACGCUUCAGGCAAAGAGAGCACAACUUUCAUUGAGAUGAGUCAGGUGAAGGAUGUGGUUAUUAACGAAGCCAUCCAUAUGCAAGAAGUUAUCUACUACCUGUGCAUCCUCCUCUGGGACCCUGGAGAUCCUGAGGGAGUGUCUGAGGUUGUGCCACUCUUUCAGAGCUCCAAGCCACGUCUGGACUGCUUGAUAGAAGUGUACAAAAGUUGUCAAGAAAUCCUGGAGCAGAGGAAGCCAACUCCACAAGCAAGUGGAAUCAAAUAAGGAACAAAAAAUGAAGUCAGCAAACUUGCAGCAGGGCUCAGAGAGACACAUGGAAAAGUGAGGACAACUGCCCCUCAGACAUGGCUUUAUUUUAAUUAGAUGAGUAGAAAGGGGUGCAUCAGUACAGUGAUGUGAGGCCUAAGGGCCUGCACAAACUCACACAGAAAAUAACAGCUCAAGUGGAGAAGUGAACCUUGAAAUCCUCUGCUGUGAAAACAGGUGAGCAGAACAUCUUAGACUCAGAAAAGGUUUUUCCCUUCCUUCUCCAGAAAAGAAUUAUGAGGAAGUAGGGCAAAGGGAGGCAGGAACAUGCACUGAACAUUUACUCUUUUGUGGAUCUGCAAUUUAUGACAAACUCAUAAUAUGACCUCGGCCAGACUGCCAAAAAUAUGCCUUGUUUUGUUUAUAGUUAAGCCUUUGUUUCAAAAAAAAGCAGAUCCCAGAUCUGAAUCUCAAAGCUGACCUGUGGGCUGGGAUGGCAACUUGCUGAUCCACAGGAGAGUUUCAGAAAGAAAAUAACAGAAAAUUAAAAUGUCCUGUUGCAUUCAAUUCUGGUUAAUGGAAUAAACAUAGGAGAGCAGACUUUGACCCCUUCAGGGAUCUGCUUGAAAGAGUCCCAUGGAAUGGGGCCCUAGAGGUAAAAAGCGUCCAAGAAAGCUGAUGGAUGGUCAAUGAUCACCUCCACUAAGCUCCAGAACAGUCCAUCCCAAUGAGCAGGCAUGUCAAGUGUGGAUGAAAAAGUUUCUCCUGGCAAAACUCAAACAGAAGAAGGAAGUACACUUCCACAGGGUGUGGAAGCAGGGACAGGUAACCCGAGAAGAAUACAGCAACUCUUGAGAUGCAGCUAGGAGAGCCAAAACUCACCUGGAGCUGAAGCUGUUGAGAGAUGUCAAAGGCAACAAGAAGGGCUUCUCCAAGUACUUCAGUAGCAAAAGGAAGGCAGGGAAAAUGUGGAACCAUUGCUGAAAGGAGCAGGGGCGUGGUGACCCUGGAGAUGGAAAAGAUGUGGCAUUAAAAGGGCCUCAUCAAUUGCUUUGAGAAUAUGGGGAAAAUGUGUCGUUGAAAAAGAUGGUCAUAACUAUAAGAAUAAAUAUGCAUUUACCUGAGCUCUUGGGAGUAACUUGAGGUUGAGAAAGUCUGUGUUGAUGUACUAAAUGUUACUGUAACCUUUA